AUCGCUGACGACCCAUCCGGCCCCUCUCCCCCCGCCACCUGACUCGACUUCCUCUCCCCGCCUGACUACGCUUCUCCGCUGGCGCCGCGUCGCGCCUAUUUAUAGUAGUAAUCCCCCCGUGGUGUGGUGCGUGCCAAGUUGUGUGUGUGUACCGCGGCAUGGCGGACCAGCUCAUCUCCACGGCAGACCACGACACGCUGCCGGGCAACUACGUGCGCCCCGAGGCGCAGCGCCCGCGCCUCGCCGACGUGCUCUCCGACGCCUCCAUCCCCGUCGUCGACCUCGCCAACCCCGACCGCGCCAAGCUCGUCUCCCAGGUCGGCGCCGCCUGCCGCUCCCACGGCUUCUUCCAGGUGCUCAACCAUGGGGUGCCAGUGGAGCUGACACUGUCGGUGCUGGCGGUGGCGCACGACUUCUUCCGGCUGCCGGCGGAGGAGAAGGCCAAGCUCUACUCCGACGACCCGGCCAAGAAGAUCCGCCUCUCCACCAGCUUCAACGUCCGCAAGGAGACCGUGCACAACUGGCGCGACUACCUCCGCCUCCACUGCUACCCGCUUCACCGCUACCUCCCUGAUUGGCCAUCCAACCCCCCUUCCUUCAGGGAGAUCAUAAGCACAUACUGCAAAGAAGUUCGGGAGCUCGGAUUCAGACUGUACGGAGCGAUAUCCGAGAGCCUGGGCUUGGAACAGGACUACAUCAAGAAGGUUCUUGGUGAGCAGGAGCAGCAUAUGGCGGUGAACUUCUACCCCAAGUGCCCGGAGCCAGAGCUGACGUUCGGACUGCCGGCGCACACCGACCCGAACGCCCUCACCAUCCUCCUCAUGGACCAGCAGGUGGCCGGCCUGCAAGUUCUCAAGGAAGGCAGGUGGAUCGCCGUGAAUCCACAGCCCAACGCGCUGGUGAUCAACAUUGGUGAUCAGCUACAGGCGCUAAGCAACGGAAGAUACAAGAGCGUGUGGCACCGUGCUGUCGUCAACUCUGACAAAGCGAGGAUGUCCGUCGCAUCGUUCCUGUGCCCCUGCAACGACGUGCUCAUCGGCCCAGCUCAGAAGCUCAUCACCGAUGGCUCCCCGGCCGUCUACCGGAACUACACCUACGACGAGUACUACAAGAAGUUCUGGAGCAGAAACCUCGACCAAGAACACUGCUUGGAGCUCUUCAGAACAACACCUACAGACACAUCUUGAAUUCUUGAUCUAGUCGAGAACUGGUUUGUAGUACUCGGUUGUAGGUGUAGGUGGUGUUUGGGAGAGGGGGUGGUGUUUGGGAGAGAGCCCGACUUAUUGUUUUGUGAGAGGAUCUCCCAAACACCCCCGUAGUUUCUCGGUUGAAGUUGUUUGUAGUACUCGGUUGUAGGUGUACUGGAACGAGCCGUUGGAAUGAGUAAUCAAUCAAAUCAAUCGGUGCAACGCAAUUGUACUA